CCUUGCCGGGGGCAGGAUUGGGAUCCCCCUCAUCCACACCGCCCUACACAGAUCCGUUGUGCAACCUCUCAGCAAAACGCCAGUGCCCCUGCCCUGCCCUGCGGGAGGGGCGAGGCUCUCGAGCCGGGAGCCCGCGGGUUCGGGCUUCGCCUCCCUGACUCCACAGCCUGGUUGCGGCUCCAGGCCUCGCCUGCCCCGACCCCUCAGUCCUUUGAGCUUGGAGCCCCGGGGCCGUGAUCAGGGCAGGGCGGAGGCCAGGGCCAGGCGAUGGCUGCAGUGACGGGCCCAGGUGACCCACUGGCCUUGGGCGAGCUGCUGCCGCCCCCACCGCCACCUGCCUCCUCCUCGCGAGGGAGCCGCUGGGGCGACCAUGAGGAGAUUGCACAGAUUCCCUUUAAAAUCCUUCAAGGACACAAGGAUGCUGUGAGCUCCUGCCAUUUCUGCUGCGAAGACACAAAAAUCCUUUCCUCUUCUUUUGACAGAUCAGUGAAACUCUGGGAUGUUGCCAAAGGUAUUCUUGUUCAGGUGUUUGAAGAAGAACACACAGCUCCUAUUUCUGAGUGCAGCUUGACUCCUGAUAACAAAAGGGUGAUAACUUCAUCAUAUGAUAAAACAGUAAAAGCUUGGGAUAUGGAAACUGGAAAAAUGCUUUGGACAAUAGAGCAUGAAGGCCUUGUAACUUCAUGCAAUAUUUCUUAUGAUGGUAAGUAUGUGGUAUCUGGCUUGGACAAAGAAAAUGCUGUAUGUAUUACUGAUGCAGUAAGUGCUACAAUGGUGAUGUAUAUCCAAGAUCAUCACAGAAGCACAGUCACAAGAUGCUGCUUUGAUCCUGAUAACCAGAGAGUGGCUUCAGUCUCAUAUGAUAAGACCAUAAAGCUUUGGGAUACUGUGGCACAAUCUACCACAAUCACAAUUAAUGAGGGACACAGCAAUGUCAUCUCAGACUGCUGCUUUUCCUUAGAUGGCCGUUACUUGUGCACAGCAUCUUGGGAUAGAACCUUAAAAAUCUGGGAUAUAAAAACAGGGGACUUUCGUCAUCAUGGACCUAUUGUCUUGAAAGAAGGUCAUCAAGGUUCUGUUAGUUCCUGUCUUUUUAGCAAAGAUGCAUCUCUUGUGGUGUCUGGAGCAUAUGACAAAAAUAUAGCUGUAUGGGAUAUAAGAACAGGAUAUAAAAAACUAACUUUACAGGGUCAUGGAGACUGGGUGAUGGAUGUUGCAGUUAGCAGCAACAAGAAAUGGAUUCUCUCUUCCUCAAAGGAUUCUACUUUGAGAUUAUGGAACAUUGAAAAGGCUGAUCAUAUACCUGCAGUGAUAGAAAAUAGGAAAAGAGGCUCACAAAUAGUUCAGUGUGAAGACUGUGAGAAGCCUUUCUCGCUUCUACAAUGCAAUGAUUCUGUUGUGGUAACAAAGUGUGUAUUUUGUCGACUGGCUAUGCCAACAAGAAAUAUUAUGCCAUUGCCACCUACAUGUUCUCCUGAUCUCUAAAUUCAUCCCAGAAAUGUCUAUUUGUUAAUACUUGGGGUAUAUUAAGCAUAUGUCUGUUCGUAUUUGUGAAUACCUGUAUGUAUUUUAGGCAGACAAGAUUCUUUGCGUAAAUGUGAUAUCUUUUAUUGGACCAAUUAAAUAGUUGGAAAAAUGUUAAGCUUGCAAAGAACUAUUUUUCCAACUACUGUAUUUAGUUGGUCUAACAAAAAUUAUCAUAUUUACCCAAAGAGCCUUGUCUGCCUAUGUCGUUAGACCACCACUGUUAUACCCAACACUCCUGUAUAUAUUUUAUGCACACAGAAAACUAAGAACUUCCUUUAAACCCCUGUGCCGUACAUUGACCUUUACAUUAAAAAAUUAUUUUGAUUCACUGAUCAGGUGUGCAGUAUUUUCCUAAUAUAACAUGACAAGAUCAAGCCGUAAUUUCUGAAAACAAUUCAUGCUGUCCUGUACUAGAAAAUUACCUCCUUACCCUUCAUUAAAUAGUUCUAGGAGAGGUCUGUAUAAGUUCUGUAUAAUACAGACCUGCUCUUGCCAUGUACAGAACAAUUCCAGCACUUCCCAGGGUUGGCCUCUAAAGACCACCCCUAUUCAGUAAUUAUAUGAGAAUGAGCUGUAGUCAGACUGUGUCCUCUUAAGAGGAAUUUAUUAGGAAAAAAAGUAACUUUUACCUUAGUAAGUAGCAUGUAGCAGCCUGGAAUGUAAUUAAGCUGAGAAACAAAGGGGAAUCCAUUAUACAUAUGUAGAUUUCUUCCUUUUUGAAUGUGUUUCUCGUAGAGCCUUUGAAACAACAGCUGGAAUCCCAAAGUCAUCUUCUUCUCAUGUCUACACCACAUUUGACCAUUUUAUUACACAUGCUUGUGCUUUGUUCAUUGUACUUUGGAAGAUCUUUGCAAAUGGUUUUUCAUUGUGCCUUCAAGCAGUAGGCAUUGAUUUUGACCCUACAAAUUGAUCCUGAGGUUAAAUCCAAGUUACUGUUUAAGAAACGGCAUGUUUCAUCCAGCUUUACUGGAUAAAAUAUUGUAUAAAAUAUUAGGUGACAAGUUGCAGUAAAAUUCAAGACACUCUCUUCCUUUUCUUUUAAAAUAUCAUUACAUUAUUGUACAAGGUUGAGGAAAAUGCAGUGUGAUGUGUACUGGAGUUGUUUUUUUCAAAAUAUAUAAUAUGGUAUAUGCACAUUUCCUUGUUGGAAUAAGUAGUCUUAAAUGUGAAUAGGAAUUCUGGACUAAUUUCUACACAUUUGAAAAUGGUUAGUUUAAUUAAGUAGUACUUUUAUUUUAGAACUUAUGAUGCCUUUUGUUCUUCUUGGCCCUUUCAGAUAAGAAAUCAAAGCUCUUCAGUUUUUCAAUUGAGAUAGUGAGACCAAUUGCUAAGUAUAGAGAGUUUUGUGCAUGAAUAGUGUGACAUUCAGAUAUGAAUAGUUAGAAAUUUUCUUUGAAAGGGUAUUUUUAGUUCCCAAAAUAAGAAAAAUAAAUCAAACAUUCUUUCUUUGUGGUAGCAAAUACAAGUUUUAUAAAGCCAGUGUGUAUUAUAGCUGCUUAUUUAACAGAAUUGAUUUUCUAAAAUAGGACAAAGAAUAAAGAGAAAAGGAAAUUCUGCAGCUACAUCAUAAUGGGAUUUCAGCCAAUUUAGUACUUGUGAAUAAACAGCCUGUUUGGAGACUAAUUUUGCAAAAUACAUUCCUAACCAUAUAAUAAAAUUAAGCAAUUCAGGAACUGGA